UGUAGUGAUGAAAACUCUUCUCCUGACACCAGUUGCAUACAAAAAGAUCUGAAGAAGGGUACGAGGAUGAGGGAGGCCUCUUUUACCCAUCAGCCGAAGAAGUAUGAGUUUGACUACAAUGCUGCUCUUGAAUUGGACUACAUCAAGUUGACAAAGCAGGAGGACAUACAGUUAACAGUAGACGAUCACGUGACUGAAACAAAAAGUUCCGAGAAGUCCCGGAGUAGCAUCUCUCGGGCUUUUAGUGAAUUUGUCUUUCUUAAGUGGAGACCAACAGAAACGCAGGAAUCGCAGACCUCGGAAACAGAAUCAGGUAGCAGACAAUCAAGAAAAAGGAACAGGAAUCAGAGCAAACAGAAACGAACCAAACCGAAUCAGAAACCCUAUCGUAGAACAGUGCCGAGGCAGAUAAUGUCUAAAAAGGAUAUCAAAAGGCAGCUUUCUGGCUUGGUAGCUCUUUCUCCUCUAAAAUCGGAGCAGUACGUAAGACAAACUAGACGAACUCUGAUGCUAGACGGCCUAAGUGACAAAUGUGAGUGCACUAUUACGGAUAAUGAUGACGGUGAAAUCCAGUUCUCGUGUGUUUUAAGUCAAGAGGGAAUUGUUUGUAGAAACUACAGGUCAAUGUUAGACAUCGUGAGUAUUGGGUCUAUACAAAAUUUAGACGAUGAUGACCCUAUUGGUAUCUACUAUACAAUAGAGGGCUUUAAAGAUGGCCAGAUAGCUAGGAUUAGGAAAGGAAACACCUUUAGCAGGGUAAAGUACCAGCUGAGUCUGGUGACACCAGAAGACCAGAAGAUGGUCCUCUCCCUUCCCAACAACACACACUCCCCCAACUCACCACUCCCCAUCCUCAAACAGUCCCUGGUAGUUCACCGGGAGUGGGGCAACAUCCUGAAGAUCAGAACCAAAACCAGCAACUUUCCAAUCGCCACUAUUCAGAAAGAAAUGAACUCUAUGAGAUAUUGGUUACACCUGGAACCUAAUGUGGACUCAUGCUUCGUGUCGGCUAUUGCAGCUUAUGUUUUAAGAAAGAAGAUAUUCGGUGACAAGCUCCCCAAAGUUUUGAAGACUCAGAAUAAUUUGGCUCGUAGAGCUAGGAGACUGAGUAUAUCGUUUAGACGGAGAAAGAAACCACGGCCACUCCGGGAAAACCUGGGUGGGACUGCCGCAACUUCUUCAACAUUGUGAGGCAGAGUUUUAAUGGGCUAUCAAUGAUGAUAAGCCAUCUAGAUUCUGGAUUGUAAGAUUUGCUUGCUCAUUUAUUUUGAUACUGGAGCAGAGUGUUUGACUUUUAAAAAGUCUUCGUGCCAGGGAGGCUGCUAGGGAGGUUGCCAGGGAGAUGGACAUUGAAGUUACAUCCCAGCUUGUAUGAGGUUCUCGCUUAUCAUGAGAGAAGGAUGAAGCUGUGGAGUUGGCUAUUUUUGAUCGUGUUCAAUUCUGGUUUUUUUAAAUAGUUGUAGGAAUCAAAUCAUUAUUGACAGAGAACAGUUGAGAAGAGAUAACCGUGAAGAAAAUAGCAGCCCAAACUUUGAUAAUCAUAAUCUCGAAUACAGGCUAGAUUCAUAUCACAUAUUAUGUCAUACAGACAAACUUUCAUGGAUCAUAAUGAGGAUUUCUUGUAAAAAAAUUAAGCUUAUUAAAAUUCCUAGAAACUACCGUUCAC